CACUAAACAGCUGUUCAAAUUUCGGCGGCAUUUCAUUUCAUAAACAAUUGUAAAUAUUUUUAACAAAACAUGGUAAAAACUAAAAGAAAUGCCCAGAAAUUUGGCAUGCAUCCGCGGAAUGUGUUACGCCAGCCGCCUGACUACACCAAAUUGGCCAUUAAAUACAAGGAUUUUCGCGGAGAGUGCGAAUUGGAACUCAAUGGCAAAGUCUCUGUGAAUUUUCGCAAUGAAAAGACCCUGCGUGAGCUGACCAAAAUGCUGCUAAAAGAAUACUACGAUUUAAAUGUGGAUUUUGCACCUGGAAGUUUGGUGCCCACUUUGGCCCUCCGUUUAAAUUACAUUUUAUGGCUAGAGGAUCUAAUGGAACCCCUAAAUUUAAAGGACAUAAGGGGGAUAGAUAUAGGUUGCGGUUCCUCCUGCAUUUAUUCCCUGCUGGGAGCCAAGAAAAAUGGCUGGCACAUGUUGGCCCUGGAAUCAAAACCCCAAAACAUCGAAUACGCCAGGAAAAAUGUGAGGAAAAACCAGCUGGAGAGCCUCAUAGAAGUCUAUGCCCAGCCAGAUAAGAUGAGCAUAUUCAAGAGCUAUUUCGAGAAGGACCAACAAGAGCUACAGUACCACUUUUGCCUGUGUAAUCCCCCUUUCUUCGAUUCCAACUUGCCAAAUCCCUUUGGCGGUAAUACCAGGAAUCCCGAAAGACGACCUGCACCGAAUAAUGCCCGAACUGGAAGCCAGGAGGAACUCACAUGCGCGGGCGGCGAGGUGCAAUUUGUGCAACGCAUCAUAGAUGAAAGUCUGGAGAACAAGCUGCGCGUACGAAUCUUUACCACAAUGCUGGGCGUCAAGGCCAAUGUGCCAAGGAUACUGGACUACCUAAAGGAGCGGCAGGUGACAAAUGUCAGCACCACGGAAUUCCACCAGGGACACACCACUCGCUGGGCGGUGGCCUGGAGCUUCCAUGCGGAGCCGCUAAGCCAGGAGACAUCUUGUAAUUAAGUUACACUUUAGUCUUUAUGGGUAACUUUAUAGUUGGUUGUAGCUCUGUGCGUGAAUAGGUUUUUAUUUUCAGUAGAAGUCGUUAAAGUUUCGUAUUAAAAAUAAUGAAAAUCUUUUGUAAUGUCUUGCAAAAAGUUAAACAAACUUACGUAGCUUACAUUACUUAAACUAGUGUACUUCUUCUAGUGCCUAAUCAAAAAAGAAUAAGAAAAGUAAAUCUCUUUACCUAAAUUUAACACCUGGAGCUUAAAAACUUGUAUAUAACCAACUAGUUUUUAAUCGUUCAAAGUAACCUAGGACUUAAAAUAGUUUAAAAGUAAACACAUUCUUUAAGACGUAUUAAAAUAUUAGGAAAAUAUGAAUUCUUAGAAUGUUUAAGUUUAAGCGUCAACGCAGUACGUUGAAUAAGGUUUUAAAAACGCGUAUAAUCAUUUUCAAUAUAACGAGUGAAACUAUCUUCCUUUAUCAGCUUUUGAGAAA